CCCAGCAUGAAGAAACUGCUGAGCAGUCUAGUGUCCCUGAACAACAUGAUGAGCCUGAGGAUGUGGAUGCAGAAUCAGAGAGAAUUGUUAGGAAAUCGACAAGAACUUCAGUCAUUGUUAGGAAAGCUCUAUGCAAGCAACAAUGAAAGAGAAAGAGGAUAAGUUGGAUGGAGAUGCAGCUUUGAACAAAUUUUUCUGGGACAUAUAUCAAGAUGCUGACGAGGACACGAGAAGAGCCAUGAGAAAAAUCUUUUAUGGAUACAGUGUUUGACAUGGAUCUUAAAGAGGAUGUGCAAGAAGAGUGUUCAAAAUAUGGCCUGGUGAAGCAUAUUUAUGUUGACAAGGCCUCUCUGGGUUCCUCUGUCGGAACCGAUCACCGCUGUGCCCACCAGAAGUUCAGCGAACAGGAGGACUUCCCCGCCACCAGAAGUUCAGCGAACAGGGCCGACAGUAGCUGUCGCCGCCUAUCGUGGUUCACCCAACAGCCAUUGCUCCAGUCGCGCCAUCGUCGGCCGCCUUUUCCAUCAGAUCCGAUUGUUUUGUGUCAAUAUCUAGCCAUUGCCGGCCGCUUUUUCUCCAGAUCUGCUAGCCAUCAUCGCUGUCGUCCAUCAUCGGCCGUCAUUGCCUUCCAUUGCUGCGCCGCCACCUCAGAUUCGGUCUUCCGUCCACUGUCGCUGCCUCGCCCUAAGGUCGACGCCGCCCUUGGGUUCUGUUCGGCUAGCUGACGACGUCCGUGCCAGUUGUAUUGUCCUAGCUGAUCGGGUGCAUCUCUUCUGUUGGCAAAAGAUCUUUAGCCUACCAUUGUUGGCUGUUCAGCCAACCCAGAUCUGAACUCAGAUCUGGUUUAACCCAUUGGGCCGCUCCAGACCUAUCACAGACUGCCAGCCCGUUCAAGAUCUAUUUUCUUGCCCAGAUUUGACCUAAAUUUGAUCAGCCACAAACAAGACCCUUCAGAAAAGAGCAGCUUAAUCAAAUUAUGAAACUGCUACAGUCCGAUUCAUUACCUGGUAUAUUUAAUUGUUCUUUGGCUCAUUCAGGUAGAACUCCUUUAGCCUUGUCAAGUUUCUUAAAAUCUACUCCAUGGAUCAUUGAUUCAGGGGCAUUUGAUCACAUGACCAGCUUGUCCAAUCUAUUCGAUUCAUAUAAUCCUUGUUCAGGUAGUGAAAAAGUAAGGAUAGCAGAUGAUAGUUUUUCCUCUAUUGCUGGCAAAGGCCUCAUUAAAAUCUCUGAAAAUAUUGAUCUUCAAUCAGUACUUCACGUUCUUAAACUUACUUGUAAUCUUUUGUCUGUCAGCAAACUUUCCAA